UAGAAGGUUUUACAUCUUCUUGGAAGUAUGUUACUUGCUACUGUUUUAAGACAGGCUACUGUGCUAAAUGGACCAGUUGUCUAAUCUUUUAUAUCAUUCUGAAUUCUUGGUUAGAAGAAGAAUUAUGAAAAGUGCCUGCCACAGAGAAAAAAAGUAAACUGACAGGAUGUGGAGCAUCAAAUCAAAGGAGGUGCCUUUACAAAACCCACGAGACACUCAGAACAGGGAUUCCGUCAGAGAUCUAACCACAGCACAGGAUAAUUUUUCUCAAACUAAGGCUAUUUUAAGUUUGUGUCAUAUUGAGAACAAACUGGAGAUAACACCUACUUUCGCAGUGGUAUUUGAUUCUGUCAUGGAUGCCAAGAAGCCCACAGCCAGUGCUACCAGGAAAAUAAGUAGGAAAGCCUCCAGGUCUUCCAGCCAAAACAAGUCACACAAAGAGAAGUCCUCCCGCAGUCCUCUUCAAGCCACAACUCUGGAGAGCAAUGUGAAAAAGAGUAGCCGUGUGGAAUUUCGUGAACCAUUGGCUUCAUAUAGAGAGACUUAUGGUGUGCCGUCUUACCAAAGCUCUAGUCAAUUGGAGGCGAAAUGUUUACUGUCUGGGUUAGACAGUACUGAAGCACACACUAAAAAUGGAGGACUGAACCAUAUGAUAUAUGUCCGGGAAGAACUUGACUUACAUAACAGAGGUUUUGAAAGCCCACGUUCUUCAGCAGUAGAUGACACAGUUGUUAGAUAUUUGAAUGACCGACCAGCCAUAGAUGCUUUGCAGAACAUCGAGUCUCUUUUUAAAGCUGCACCUCCUACAACAUCAGAGGAAAAGACUAGUGGAUCCAGAAGAGAUGAGAACAACACUAAAACUCCUUUGAGUAGCAUAGCCCAGGAUGCUGAACUAAAAGGGAUAAGGCUGGCAGAGUCUUCCCCUUCUUCUACUAGUACUUCCAGUGCCCACAAACUGGAAAUCUUAAAACGGAGGCAGCAUGAUGCUAAAUUUCAUGAUGCUAAAUUGGAGAAGCUGAAGGAGCGGAUUAGGAAACAAUGGGAGCAUGUAGAAGAUUUAGGCAGCAAAGUACAACUUUUUGGAUAUGCUGAGCAGCCUGUAGUGGUAACAAAUGUGGAGAACGCAGUGACGCCAAAAGUCAGAAAAGUGGCAGUUGCACCCCCUGCUCCAACAUAUAAAGGUAUGUACAUCCUUUAUCUUGUGUUAUUUAUAUAUAGGGGGUGGAGAGAGAGAGGGGAGAGCUUUUGUGGAGCAGCAUGUCAAAAUAUGGCAAUUGGCUUGUAUUUUCUGUCUGGGGAGGAAUCAAAUCUGAUUAUAGGCAAGAAAUUAUGCCAUCUAAAUGUAUAUCUUUGGAAGCAGAAAGUUCCAUCAUUGAGAAGAGGAGCAAUAGUGGAAAAGCUUUUCCGACCAGUGCGCAAGGUCCAAAAGCUGACACGGUCAUCAAGCCCAGAUUCCAAGCCAGGUGGAGGACAUCUGAUAAGUACAUCUUCUUGGCGGGAUGGACAAAAGCUAGUGAAAAAGAUACUGGGUCCAGCACCUAAAGUAGAGCAACAGCAUAGAAGGGCAACAUCCAGUGACAGAACUGGGAGAGAGAGAGCUACUAAAUCCCCAGGCCCUAUUGGUAGGACUGGGUCAGAUCCCAGGUUGGAUGUUUCCCACAAAACAUGUCCAAGAAGUUCUGAGUGGUCAAGGAGUAAAGUACAUUCCGAGAGUAACCUGAAGAAAGUGGAUUCUACUCUUCCAGAUAGUAAACAAGAUGAAGAUCAUACCUCUUUAAAUAAGGACUUUCUGCCUGUGGAGAUACAGGGAAUUCUUGAUGAUCUGCAGUUGGACUCAGUAAUUCAGAGUACAAAGCAAGAGAAAGAUGGGGAAAGGCAAAUUCAGAAAUCUACAGUGCCUACACAAGGUGCCAGGAGCCACAGUCCAACAAAAAGAAAACCAGACAAGUUAGCUGCUAGUGAAGAGCCUCAAGUUAUCUCCAAGAAGCGUCAUUAUGACACAGAUGAGGUUCGCCAGUACAUUAUUAGACAGCAAGAAGAGAGGAAGAGGAGGCAGAAUGAAGAGAAGAAGGCGCAGAAAGAGGCAGCGGAACGGAAGAACAAACGACUUCAAGAGCUUUAUAAGAAACAGAAAGAGGCUUUUGCAAAGACAAAGAACAUGCCAACUUCUGAUCCCUCAGCAGCUAGGCGACUACAGGAAACAUAUUCUAAAUUGUUGCUGGAACAAACUUUGCUAGAGGAAGUCUCUCAGUUUGCUACUUCACAGGAAAUGCAGCCCAUGCCUGGAUAUCAACCGUCUGGGGAAUCUGACAAAGAAAACAAGGCACAGGAGCGUCCUCCUAGUGCAUCUUCCAGUAGUGACAUGUCCCUGUCAGAACCUCCACAGCCUCUUGUUAGAAGUGAUUUGAUGGAGCCUACGUGGUUACAGCCAGAUAGACUGAGCCCAAGAGUCCAUCUCUCUCACCCACAGCCUCUUGCUGGGUCAACUGGAGGACUUUUUUCACAGCUUUUGAAUCUGGAGCAGAUGGGCUUUUUGCCAAAUAACUUCGACUCAGUACUGUCAACCAGGAGGAGCCACAACACACCUGUGGGAUCCCUGACUUUGCCACCUCAGCCUUAUCUGACUUCAUCUGCUGCACAGCAAGAGCUCUUAGUAAAACCUAGUAUCAGCCAAUAUAAGAGUAAACUGGAUCGUAUUGAAGCCCUGAAAGCUACAGCUGCUUCUUUGUCUAGCAGAAUUGAAAGUGAAGCCAAGAAGUUAGCUGGAGCUGGUAUCAAUUAUGGCUCAGUAUGGAAUUCUGAGCAUGAACUAUUGCUGGGGAAUCAGGAUGAUGGACACUGGGCUAAAGCUUUGAGUCCCCCUGUGAGAGAAGAUAAUGAAGAUGUCUUCUCAGCCAGAAUUCAGAAAAUGCUGGGUACCUGUGUGUCCCAUACAAGCUUUGAUGAUAACCUUCCUGGAGUGGGCAACCUUAGUGAAUUUAAAAAGCUCCCUGAGACGAUCAGUCCUCAUACUGCUGCAGUCAGCCUUGGAAUGAGAUCUCCAGCCAGCCACAGGGCUGAAGGAAUGCUAGGACAUUUGUCGAAGAGGCAAACUGACUCCCCUGGGUCUGAAAAUCAGGCUUACAGUCAAAACAAAGGCAUAAUUCCUCAUGAUUCCAGCACAGAUUCACUCAGCGAAGGGCCUCUUCUAAGUGAGGGGAGUCUUUCGGAGGAGGAAGGUGGCCAGCAUAGGCAGUCUCCUUUGAAAAUUGCUGAGGUGUUAAAAGAAAAGGAGUUUUGUGUUGGGGAGAGAACUGCUUUUGAGCCUAUAAAAGAGUUUCAGAAGGACGCAGAAAAAUAUUUACCACUCUUCACACAGACAAGUGGAACACAAAGCAAAGGACCAUGGGAGGAAUUAGCCAAGGGAAGUCCACAUAGUGUCAUCAACAUAUUUGCAAAAUCUUACCAGCUACAUGGGAAAGGAUUUGAGGAAAGAUCAAAUGGAGGGUCUCCAGUCCUGCGCCCCUUAUUUCCUGCCAUGAGCCCUCCAGAGAGCGUUGUUUCAUAUGAAAAUGACUUUGUUUCAUCCCAGGAGAGUGGAACUUUGACUGACAAAAAGGUUGCUCUUGAGCCUAGUAUCAGUGGCAGCAGCAAUUCCAGCAUUCAAGAAGAGCUUCCCAGCAGGAAGUCUCCCCAUGAACACCGAUCUAUAGAGCUAACGUCCCAGCAUUCACCUGGACUCUGGUCUGGGGCAUCUUCUCAUUCAUCUGGAUCUUCUAAAAGGAGAGGGAAAAAGGAAAAGCUAAAAUCUUUCAAUGAAAGCUCACACCACUCUCCAGUGAAAGAUGACAAAGUGCUAUCUGAGAGAGACCAUGGGUUCCAACAAGCAAAGAGGUCUUUGCCUAGCAGCAAAAUUUCUAAUAGAGAGCAUGAGCAGAAUGCAGAUACUGAUAGCACAUUGGAAGAGUUGUCUGGACAUUCUUUGUUGAGUCUCUCAGACAAGGGAAGGUCCCAGAAGAGCCCAACGUCUCCUCCGUCUCCAGGCUCCCAGAAACUAUUACAGUUUGACUCUCUAGGAAAUACAGCGGAAAGGGACAGGUCUCCUGCAGGCUUUCCUGGGAAUACAGCUUCAGGGGUCAAGCCCAGUGUAGCCAUCUCUGACUCAAGCCUGGGAACUAGCAAGACUGGAGGAGCAGCAGCAGCAGUGGCUGGAUCUAUGCGCUUCUCUCCUGCUGGCCUCCAGCAUCGUUUGACAGCAGAACUCAACUACCUGAGUGCCAUUGAGGAAUCUGUACGGCAACUCUCCGAUGUAGAACGAGUGCGGGGUAUAUCCCUUGCCCAGCAGGAGACUGUUUCACUGGCUCAGAUCUUAAAGGCACAGCAUCAGCGACAUGAACGGGAUUUGGCUCUUUUGAAACUCAAGGCUGAGCAAGAGGCUUUAGAGAGUCAAAGACAACUGGAGGAAGCGAGGCAGAAAGCAGCUCAGGCCCAUGCAGAAUCUCUGCAGCAUCUGGUCCAGUCACGACAAGAGGCAGCAGAAGCACUACAGGAGACCACAUGUAAAAUUGCAGCCCAGCAGGUGGAAGCUGCUCUGCUCACUACAGAUGCAGCUCGCCAGAUCCAUGAGAUGACAGAGUUGGCACGAACACAGAACUCAGAUGUUGUCAGUGCUCCUGCAGCUCCAAUUACCACCCUGUUUGACCAUCAGCGGCAGCAUCAUUCAGACUUCAUGAAACAGCUCAGAUCUCGAGCAGAUACAAACAGGAAAAAUGAAUCCGGCGCCCCUUCACAAAGUAAAGAGAAGACAGGUGAUUCAAAGCAGACAUACUCCCCGUUAUUUGAUAGUUAUUCAGAAUCUUCAAGAUCUAAGAUUCAUGAUCAGAGUAGCAGUAGCAGCCGGCAGGAGAGUCCUUCAGUCCCUUCUUCCAAGGAGAAUGAGAAGAAGCCUUUCCGACGUGACAAGACAAGCAGCUCCAUAGAAGAGCAGGCUCGUACUGGUGUGGAUCAUUCCUUGCGGAGCGAUAGUAUUCCAUCACUACCAGAUGAGAAAGAUUCAUUUUCCAUUGCAACAGAAUAUUCCCUGAAAUUUGAUGAGUCCAUGACAGAAGAUGAGAUAGAAGAAAAGUCUUUCCGGUCUUUGUUACCUUCUGAGAGCCAUCGCAGGAUUAACAUGGAGAAGAAACGAGGUCAUCGGGAUGAUUCUGAUGAGGAAAUCUCCCCAGAAAAGACAGCCCUGUCAUCUGUCAAGGAGCUAAGUAUGCCAUUCUCUGAGGGGCAGGAUAGUUUCUCUAAAUUCACCAUGGAGAUGGUGCGGCAGUAUAUGAAGGAAGAGGAAAUGCGAGCAGCUCAUCAGUCUUCACUGCUCCGGCUCCGUGAGAAGGCAUUGAAAGAAAAAACUAAGGCUGAGUUAGCCUGGCUGGAACACCAGAAGAAACAUUUACGAGACAAAGGAGAGGAUGACAAGAUGCCACCCAUCCGAAAGAGACAGCGUGGUCUGCUACUGAGGCUGCAGCAGGAGAAGGCUGAAAUUAAGCGUUUGCAAGAGGCCAAUAAGGCAGCUCGGAAGGAGAGACAACUGAUACUUAAGCAACAGGAGGAGAUAGAACGAAUUCGCCAGACUACUAUGAAACUUCAGGAAAAACUGAAGUCUGCAGGGGAAAACAAGCUGGAGGUUCGCAGUGAGGAUGAUACUAAGCAGAGCAAUGCUUCUAGCCCACUUCCAACUGAUGUAGAGACCCGCAGUCCUUCACCGAUCUCUAUUUCCAGUAGCGAGACUAGUAGCAUCAUGCAGAAGCUCAAGAAAAUGCGCAGCCGUAUGGAUGAAAAGUUCUUGACUAAGCGAGAACAGAAGCUGAUGCAGCGGCGACAACAUGCUGAAGAACUGCUGGAGUGGAAGCGCCGUCUAGAUGCAGAAGAAGCAGAGAUACGUCGGAUAGAGAAACAAGCCUUAGCUGCUUGGGACAAAGAGAGACUCAAAACAAAAACAGCCAAGAAGGAACUAGGAGACCAGAGGACUGAAUCCAAAGAAACAGCCAGUGAAGAGGAGUCUCCAGUGCUUUCCUAUUCUCAUCUAAAUAGUGAAAGCUCUGUUCCAGAAGAACUAGGCAGUCCAGCUGGUGAAACUGGCCCAUCAGCAGCUGUGGACCAAAGGCAGCCAGUAAACCCAGAUCAUAUUACACUUACUGAAGAAAUGGUUUAUUCACAGGAACUAGAGUCUUCUACCUCACCAGGCAAACUUUCUCCUUCCAAAAGCAGUACAUCUGUAUCAAAGCAGGAUUCCACUAAAGGAAGCUACAGAAUUGGAGUGCAGUUGCAUUUACCUGUGAAAUCCCAUCAAGUAUCACACAGUUGGUCUGAUGAAUCUUUAUCCAUGACGCAAUCAGAAACCACAUCUGACCAGAGUGACAUUGAAGGCCGGAUCAGAGCCUUAAAGGAUGAGCUACGGAAGAGGAAGUCUGUUGUUUAUCAGCUGAAAAAGGAACAGAAGAAGAGGCAGAAGGAGCGCCUGAAAGCCCAGGAGGCCAGUUUGAUCAAACAGCUAGAGUCUUACGAUGAGUUCAUAAAGAAGACUGAAGCAGAGCUGAGCCAAGACCUGGAGGCAUCACCCACAGCUAAGCCUCAGAUUAAAACUCCAUCUUCAUCUACUGAAAAACCUAAGAUUAAGCCACCUCCACUCCAUAGGCCUGAAACAACAAAGAACUGGAAAUCACUGACUGAAUCAGAGCGGUCCAGAGUAUCUUUGGAAUCCAUUGCAGAGCAUGUUGAUGCUGUGUCAUCAAGUUCUGAGAGGUCUGCCUCUGUACAUGUCAAGAGACUCAUUGACUCAGAGGUUCAUACAGAAGAACCUUCCCAAACCAUAUCCCUAGUCUUCAAGUCACCAAGGAGAUCCGCAGCUGAAUCUGGUGAUUCCUUGGAUAGUGUGUCUUCAUCAGCUCUUGUCAAAGACCUAAGAGAUGGUAGCAGGCUAUCCCACGUGUUGGUGAGCAAGUCAGAAGAUGUAUCCAGUGAUGACAUUGUUUCAAGUCACAAAUCUGAAAUACAAGAGGAGAUGGAGUACAUAAAAUCAGAAGAAUCUGUGGUUGAAGAUGCUAAUAAUAAACAUUCAGAGAGUUCUGGUGCCUUGUUGACACUAGAUUUACACCAGGAGAGCUUAACAGAAGGCCUUCCAAAGAGAGACCUCCACUCCAAUUCUGAACGGUCUCAAAAGGAACUGUUUAGCUUAGCUGCUGAAAAUAUUCAGAGUAAAGAAGAGUUUUCAAAAGAAAGCGAGACAGUCAAAGAUGAUGUAGGGAGUGAUCAAAGUGACAGAUCAGAAAAGUCCUCUUUUAAGUUGAACAAGUGGGCACAGGAAAAAGACACCUCUCUUCAAGAACAAGCUUUUACUCAAAAAGAGCCAUCAUACUCUGAAGAUUUUGAGGGGUCCUCCCCCAGAAAAGAAACAUCAAUUGAAGAAAUUCCUCCUGGUGAAUUUUAUAAAGAUGAUUUUGAGGUGCCUACGUUCUCACACAGAAAAGAUUAUCAGUCGUUUAGAGAGAAAUCACAGCAUACAAAACCCCCUAGAAGCAGAUCCACCAGUCGUGGCAGUGAAGAUGAAAUAAGUGAAUAUCUCAGCGACAAGUCUUUCUCCGUCUCUGGCAGUGUGCAUUCAGAGAGAUUAUUAGAACUGAAGUCACCAACAGAGCUCAUAAAAAAUAAAGAACGCAGUGAUGUGGAGAAAGAACAAGCCCCCAUUGAAUCUCCACUUUGGGCCUCAGUUUCCAUCACAGAAGAAGCAGACACACUGGUAAAUUUCAGUAUUGGUGACAGGAUACUUGUGAGUAAUGUCCAGCCUGGAACACUGCGAUUCAAAGGUCUGACCAGUUUUGCUAAAGGGUUUUGGGCUGGUGUGGAGCUGGAUGAACCUCAGGGAAACAACAAUGGGACUUAUGAUGGUAUUAAAUAUUUUGAUUGUAAGGAAAAGCAUGGUAUUUUUGCUCCUCCUCAAAAGAUCUCUCACAUUUCAGAAAGUUUUGAUACCUUUAUAGACACUAAGGAAGAUGAAGAUUCAUUUGUUGAUGACAGAUUGGAUCAGCAUCAGAAAACUGAGCAGAAAGACAAAAAAAGUUCCAAAUUUGGCAAAGAUGAAGAAAGCAAGGGAAGAGAUGCCAUUGAUAGAUCCUCCCUAGAUAAAGCUGUACCUGGAAUGACUGCUUUAGAAGCCUCUGUUGGGCAAAGAGUUGAUGGUUACUCCAGUUCUGAAGUCAAUCGUAUAAAGGAGGAGAUUCCUGCAGCUGUUGAACCACUUUCCGAAGAGCUCUCUGUGGUAGACUUCCUGAAAGAUGCUAUAAAAGAUGAGACUGUCCAUGUACCAUCUAUUUCUGCCGCAGAAAGUGUUUCCACUGUUCUAUUGAAAGAUACCGUAGAGGGUAUAUUCUCUGAAAAGCGAGAGGGGCAGCAGUCCUCAGGGGAGGAAUGUAUUGAAAAGUCAGAUAACUUCUCUCCUGGAGUUUUGGAAAAGCCUGCAACUCCCCUUCUGGACCUAUUGACCAAGGAAAAGAAUCAGUUAGAGGCCCAACUUAGGCUGCCUCUUAGAGAGGAAGAAAAGUCAAAAGAUCAGCUAGAAAAGGUCAGCUUGUUGACAGUCAGUCUACUUACGGAUUUUGUUAAGGACACUGUCAGUCAGCUACAACAAAUCAAGAAGGUGAGGAAUGAGAAGAUUCAACUUAGCAAUCAGGAGCUCUGUGAUGUCCAAGAGGAAUUAUCCGGAAUCCCGGCCCAGCAUGUGGAGAAACAGGUAGCAAAGGGUCUGCAAAACUUUUUUUUAAGUUCUGAAUUGGAAGAUGAAAGAGAAGAAGUUUCCUCUCCAGAUAUGUGUCCCAGACCAGAAAGUCCAGUGUUUGGUGCCAGUGGACAACAGGAGCUUGCUAAGAGGCUGGCAGAACUGGAGCUUAGCCGGGAGUUUCUGAGUGUGUUAGGAGAUGAUCAAGACUGGUUUGAUGAGGACUUUGGCUUGAGCUUGCAGAAGGUCCCACAGAAGCAAACUGAAGAACCAGCGGUGCUGCCCAAGAUAGAGCCACAGAAAGCAACACCUAAGCCAUGUGAGGAGCCUUUGGCUGUUCCACAUACUGCAGUGGAAGUAGAAAGCAUGGUGUGUUCAGCAGCUGAGGAAUUGUGGAAGUUGAAAGAGUUGGGUCACGAUCUUCAGAACAUCAGCCUUCCCAUAGACCUUGGUACCACCACCAGAGAGCAGGACAUGGAGACUAUAAGUAAACAGGUCUAUAAGCAGGCGGUAUUUGACUUGACAAGAGAGAUUUUUGGGGAAAUCUUUGCUGAGGAUCCUAAUUUGAAUCAGCCUAUUUGGAUGAAACCAUGUAGAAUUACCUCCGCUUACUUCCGGCGAGUAAAAGAUCCAAAUGACCUUGAUGAGAUCAAGAGCUUCAUCGCAGCUGAAGUACUAAAAUUGUUCGGCUUGAGGAAGGAACCUAAUCACAAAACAGACUGGCAGAAGAUGAUGAAGUUUGGACGCAAGAAACGGGACAGAGUGGAUCAUAUACUGGUGCAGGAACUCCAUGAAGAAGAAGCUCAAUGGGUGAACUAUGAUGAGGAUGAGCUCUGUGUGAAGAUGCAAUUGGCAGAUGGGAUCUUCGAGGCCUUAAUCAGAGACACUAUUAAUGUUCUGAACCAGAUACAUGAAAAACAAGGGAAACUACUGCUCGUGUGACAUCCGUGAAAAUAAACCAGAAACUGUGAAACUUUUGUCAUGGGUUUUCUGACUCCUGACACAUACUACAUCUCCACCAUAGCAAUACUGCUGCUGGACUUUCAUACAUGGCUUUAAAGGCAGUUCAGAUGUGACAAAGGAACACAGUAUAACAUCCCCCUCCCUUUAGAGACUUUACACUGGAUUUGAUGUUCCAGCCACACAUGGUCCUUCUUGGUGCUGGCUUGUGGUGUAUUCACACCAUCCUUCUACCAAUUCAGCACACAGAAUAUAUGUCAGCACCUCUCCAUGGUCUCAGACUGGGGCUAUGAACUUCAGAUUGUACUCUGGAUGGUUGGAUGCGUUUGUGUUGAGAUACUGGUCACUUGGCCCAAAAUUGCUGUCAGUGGUUUGAAUCGAAGUUGUCCUUAGAAAGCUGUAUUGGGUGAUUUUGAUAAUUACUGGUCAGUUUUUAGUCAUCAAUGGAUUUUACAGCAAUUAAUAGUGUUACAUUAUUAACUACUUUGUAUCCUCUGGUUCUAACAAUAUGCACCAGUUUUUCCACUCCAGAGGCCAUUCCAUUCCCUUGAAGUCCAUUCCCAUCUUUCUUCAUGCAGUGUGGUACCAGACCUGAUCACUGGGCUAACAAAGGGGAAAUUGGAUGAGCUUGCUUUUUGCAUUUGUCUAAAGAAUUCUUACCUGUUUCCUAUCUAAUUUGCUUCAGCAAGAAGAGGAGAAAGGUUAAGGCCACCAAAAACUGGGCAUACUAAACUAAACUUUGCUCAGCUUUACUCCUACCAUGCAGCAUUUCUCAUCUCCUGGACUACCAGAAGCUCUUAGAUAAAUGGAUACUCAGGAUUCUCUCAGCAUGUAGACAUGCAGGAGUGGAAAACGUUUUUUUCACAAAACUUUAUUUUAAUCACUUGGCUUCCUCUUUUGCUACCACCCAACCCUAAUAAACCAGAGAAGCAGCUACUUGAACAAUUAGGGAAAUGAGCAUAUGCACCAAAGAAAGCCAUGUCCAGUGCUGAACUGUGUACUUGUUUUGUAGUUGUGGGGUUUUUAACUUAUUUUAAGAUAAUUUAUUAAGUUGGAAUUUACAAAAAGUGUCUAGGUGCCAGGGUUGCACUGUCUUAGGUUUUGAAACAGCAGAACCUGUGAAAGGUACAUAUGUAAUAUUGCAUCUAUCCUGGGAACAUCUAGUGGCCAUACUCUUUGCACAAAAGUUCCAGCUUCUUGAGACAGAAGGGUUAGAAAGAACCACACCUCAGUGAUGAAAUGUAGGAAGGAAAGGGGAAAACUAUGAAAAGGACAAAUUUCAAUGAUUGUGGUGUGUUAAUGGGAGGAAUCUGAAGACAAAAUGUGAAAUUCUUUUCUGCUCCCUUGUUGCUUGCCUUCUCAUAAAUAGUUCUUUUUCCAGAGCAUUAGCAGUAGGCAGCCACCUGUUGUAUGUUUGGAGCUGUUCAAUCCCAGUGCCAUUCUUCUGAAAUGCAUUCUUAAUCCGGCCUCCCUUCUUACAUUUCUUGGUUAAACACAGACAAUAUGGGGUUGAAUAUCAAUGCCUUAAUUGUGGAAGUCCUGCUUACUAACAGAGGAUGAGACUCAAAGUGGGAUUAUGUUCUCCGAGUAUGUUGAAGUAUUGAAGUGCACGCAGACGCGUGAUAGGAGGGAUCCCAAAGAUGCAGCAGCCAGUGAUAUGCAUGUGGGGAGAUUUCUGCUCCUUUCCUUCCAUCUGUGUGCGUUUCUUGGGCUUCCUACUUUGUGUACUUGUGAUAUUGCUCCAUUAUGAUACUCUCUCUUUCCAUCUUUUUUUGGGGGGAAACUGUCAUUGGAAUAUUUGCUUCUUGCACAGUGACACACAACCAGUAAUUCUUUAAAUCAGGGGCAGCACUGAGAAAUGUUGGCUUUUGAAUCCAGUGAAAUUCUCAGAUGUUGUAGUGCCAGCCUCUCUCUUUUGGUGGGCUAUAAACGAGUAAAGAACAAACAGGAUGAAGUAGUGUCUUAGACAUUCCUAUGUGAAAUGUUCCAUGUGUGAUAACAUUAUUUCUAGCUGUCUGGAAGACAGAUGAUACUCAUGGAUUGGCAUGAAUCAUUUUCAUGAGUGAUACAUUAGCAUCCUGAUGCUGAACCUCAAAACUAUCUUAAGCGUUUGAGGAAAACCAAACUACAGCUCCUGUUUAGCGAGCAUGGUGUCACUAACCAGGUCAUUGUCAGAGCCAGGAAAAUGAAUCAGUCUUUUCAACAGAGACUAUUGUUAUUUGUAUAAAUAGUUUAUAGAGGAGGGCAGAGUACCAGCAGAAAGAGAAACCUGCAAAGUAGGUCUGUGGCAUGGGUAUCAUAGAAAUAAGUUAGUUUACAUCCCUAGGAGCCAAUUGCUGAUGAUUUAUAUCUGUGAGGAUUCCUGGUAGGACAUAGCAUUUGUACAUGUGUGGUAGGGGCACCCGCAGAGCGUGUCCUAUACUGUCAGUCUUUCAAGAUGUGGAAGAAUAUUGGAGAUUACUUUUCCUCGUGUUGGCUUGAGGAAGCAAAAGUCUAGGCAUCCGCUGUAGAAACAGUUGCUGUCUUUCCAGCUCUUUGAGCAGAAAGAAACGGUGUAAAAUAAACGUUUUGGAGAGAUCACUGUAUUUUUUUUAUACCAAUUUGUAAUGGGAACAACCUAGACUAAAAUAACUAUGGCUGUUAUAUUACAUUCUCAAUAGUUGAUAAGUGUUGAGGUGUACUAGAGGUUGGACUUGAGACUUGGUGGUGAUCCUUUCAGGUCAGGCUUUGUGAUCAAUUGUUGAAGUAGUAUGGGAAGCCCUGUUGAACAAAGAGAAGCUGAAUUUCCCUUUCCCCUUUUAUCUCAAGCCCAAUAUGUUCUGUCUGGGUCAUGGCUGAACUAUGUUGGUACAACAGAGUUGGAAAAUCCAAGGUUAAGGGAACAUGGAAAUUCCAGGAUUUUUCUGUGCCCAAAAAUAAAGUGGGCAGAGUCAAUAUGGAGAUUUGGCCCUUUUCAGCCCGGGAGAAGGGCUAUUAAUGCAAAAUAGAGCAGCCCAAAAUUGUGUGACUAUGAAGAGAGACCACCUUUCUCGGACUAGAAUACUUCCUGGGCUAUAGAUCUGGGCUAUUACUACUUUACCUUUCAGAAAAGGUUUUGUUACUCAUAAGGUUUUGUGGCCUAUAUGAAAACUCUAUCUUGUUCACUUUCCUUUCUUGAAAAAGUGGCCUUAGCUUUUUGCAAUACUUGAAUAAAUUGUGUAUGUGCAAAAGAUUUUCAAUAGCACAGCGUUAGAGAGCAUUUAAAUAACUCUUCUGCAAAGAACUGAGUGUAGUUCAGACUCAGAUUCUAUUGCUACCAUAAGAAUAAUAGGAGAAUAAAUUACUAUUCAGUAGAAAAACAGUUGAAACCUACAAGGUAUUUAGUUCAAAUCGUAGGAAUUUUAAAGUGUUUACAAAUCAGCUAAAAUGGAAAAAAGCAAAAUAUCCAGAACAUAUUUGAAAUAUAAAAAUUAAAAAUGCAAAAAUAUUAGACAGAUGAAAAAGGAGUACUGUAAUUAACCUGCAUUUAAUAGGUUUUUUCCCUUGACUUUGCAGAGCCUUUUUAUAUGCAUUUGCAAAGCCGCCUUUGGGAGACCUUCUCUCCCUGUGUACUGUAUUGUGCAGAUAUUAAAAUAAAUAAACCUGUUUACUGUGUAUGUGUAAAUAACCUGUUAAGCUGGCUUCUAAGCCAGUUUUCAGCCAAUAAUCGCAUCCAGUGCAGCUUUGCACAAUAGAGUUGAGGAUGUGGGUUUUUUGUAAUUAUGAACUGUAAAAUAACCAGGGUUGUCCCUGUGUACACCAGUGUAAAUAUAUUUGUUAACUGAAAUGUACUUUGAGGAUAAAACUUGUAAAUAAACUGAUUUAUAAAUUAA